CGUUCAUGUAAAUCUAUUUUUACAAAUAAUAAGUUUGAAUGAGAAAGGCUGGGUCCGACCGAUAGGUGGAUUAAUCUAGGUUUUUUUUUACUAAUUUAUAGUUGAGAAACAACGAACAACUAGAACAUUAACCGACAUAACAUAGUAAACCCGUGUUCCACAUUUCAAGUUCACAAUUCGUGUGAAAUUUUCACUUGAGCUAGUUGAUGAAAAAAAAGUAUUUUUAUAGUUUCCGUUUCCGUACGAGCUGCAAAAAAGGAACAUAUUUUUUUUUAAACAUCAUCGACAUUAAUUCAAUUAUUAUAAUAUUAAAAGUGGAUCUUCACUUGUUAUAGUGAGAUUUUCCUGCAACAGUUGGUUGUUUUCACAUGCCUUCAACCUUUUAUGAUUCUAGUAGCACCACAUAUGUAUAUGUUUUUGUUCUUAAAUAUUCGUCUAAUGGUGAGGAAACUCGUACUCACUUCACUGAUCACAGAAAACGGAAUUUAUCGAGUUUUUUUUUUAAUUGUUAAAAUGUGUUUGCUCAUCUUAGGUAUAUUGUUUUCAAUAAAAAUACGUGGAGGCAAAAAAAAUCCUUGCGCCAUGCAUUUGAACAGUAGUCUUCGUGCAUUCGUUGAUCAUAAAUUAUUUCCAUAUAAUACAACAUUUUACACCCUGCUAUCUCUAAAAAGUCAAUUGUAGAACCCCUUGUCGCGACGCCACCAGUAAUAACGCCGGUUGCGGCUGGGGCGAGGGUUUCCUGCCGUGAACGCGUGACACUCUCACCCGAAACUCUCUUUCUCAAACUAUCCUCCAUAACUCACGCAGUAUUACACAUCGCGGCAUAGUCUGCAUAUAAUACACAUUUGGCAUGCUGCCUGCUAGUACGAAUAUGAGCGCUAGUCAGAACCUAGUAAGCCACUAGGUAGCAAGGUUGCACCAGCUCGGAUCACCGCGUGGCCGGUAAGAACAACCCGGUGAAAACUACCCAAAAGCAGUCCGAGGCCGCUCUGAUUCAUCAUCAUUUCUAGUCUAGUCGUUUUUUUUGUGCCAUCUGUAGUGACGGAAUAAAUCAAAGUGACAAAACAAACCCGGAGCAUAUUCUUGACUUGGAUACUGAAACCAAAAACAAAAACCGCGAUUACAGCCGUAUCCGAACCAUAGUGUCCGUGUGUUCAUAAUUAACUAAUUAAUGCAGCACAGUUGGCGAAACAAGCGGGCGUCUGCAUUAACCUAGUUAGAUUUCACAUCGCAUUUUAGGGAAAAAAAAGUUUCUCCUGCAUUCAAGCGUACGGAAGGUUCACACGGAGGAAAAUCGAUAUCGAGCGUGAAGGCGAACACAGGAAGAAAGAAGACAAUGAGCGAGAGCCAGCCCAGCUCGGCUUGUCUGGAUCCUGACGCCGCCAUAGCCGUUCAUAGUGCCAUUCCAAAGCACCGCCAGCACCUGUUAAAAUGGAACGGAUGGGGCUACAAAGAUUCACGCUUCGAGUACACCAAUGGCACGCUAAUUUUCACCGGUGAUCGGUAUCCAAUAGGUGGUUCGGUAUCGCUGCCAUACUUCAAGGAGUAUGUCGAAAAGUACCUUGGGGUAGAUCUAGACAAUCGCCGCGAGGGUAAUCCGUUGCCGCAGCACUACCCGGAUCCGGUUCCAUGCUCGGAAUUCACAUCACAGCUCGCGCAGCACCGCAUCGAGUUUAGUCAAUUAUAUCAAGAUUACAACAAAUCUCAAAUAUAUCAAGAUUACAACAAAUCUUGAUAUUUUGUUACGAAUUUUUUGAAUCAACUUGUGUUCGUUAAUAGUUAAAAUAUCAAUAUUACUUACUAAUUAUUACACAUUCUAGCAAGUUUUGUAAGGUUUUAGGCAGAAAAAAAUCAGAAUUAGUUGAAAAGUACAAUAUUUUGUCAAUUGAAUAACAAAUUUUGUUAUAAAUAUGCUUUAAAAAAACACACUUCUGAACAUUCAAGUGUAUGAUAACAGAAUUUGACAUAGUUCUGUACUUUUUUUUAUUCUGACACAUCAAGAGUAUUACAGGCUUUGUUAUUUCUAUCAAAUUCAGAUAUAUUUGUGUUACCCGUUUGUUAUAAUCGUUUGAUCACCAUUUCAUGCAACCCGUAGGGCUGUAUACCUUGUAGUAUUUUGUUUCAUGGUUAUUUUUAAUAUCAUCGUUUUCUGAAGUAAUUUCACUCCAAUGAGGUUGAAUGAUUUAACCCUCUAGUGCCCAAGUUAAUUUUUUAGACGGGCUUCGGUAAAAUCACUAUGAACCAUUAUAAACACGUUUUAAGUAUUUAUUGGAGCUUUUCCGAACUUCGACUGUAGCCCGCCAAAAUCGCGUAUGAUGAAUAACUUUUCAAAAUGAUCCAUUAUCAAUUUAUCUUCAAUUAAUGUUUAGAUAUUAGGAAACAAACAGCAAAUCAUAAAUUUUAAACAACAAAGAUUUGAAUUUUCACUUGAAAUUAAUUUUGUUGAACCACAACUUUUGGAAAUAUGCAAAGAGAAUUUUGAUUUGAAAUAAAGCUUUGGAACAUUUCAAAUUUUUCAAGAAUAAUCAUAUUCCAAGGAUGUAGUGUGCUUCUGCCAGUAGUUUCAAAUCAUAAAGUUCUCGAUGACGAAUUUUUUAAAUGUAUCCUAAACAUUUUACCAAAUGUUUUAGAAUAACUUUCAACAAAAAAUAUUUAAGAGAUUUUUUUUUUUGCUGAAAGUUAAUUUUUCAAUGAAUAUUUUUUGACAAAACAUUAUAAAUUCCAUACAACUCGUCGCUGGAAAGUUUACCUUUACAACUAAUAAUUUCUGAGCUAUAAAGCUAUAACCUUAAAUAACACGAUUGCUUUUAAAAAAUACACUUGAGUCUAGGUAUUCUAAAGGUAUUUCAAUGUUCGUUAAUUAAUCUUUCAUCAUGUAGAAUUCUUUUUGCCUUUCUCCUAGAAAGGUAUAGCAAUCACUGGAAAAACCAAAGGUAUAAAAGUGCUCCAAAGUGUCGAAUCUCGUAUAUCAAUCGACUUAGUUUGACGAGCUGAGCAUUUUCUGUAUGUGUGUGUGCGUAUGUGUGUGUGCGUAUGUGUGUGUGUGUAUGUGUGUGUGUAACGCUCUCCCAAUCUCACUCGAUUUUCUCAGAGAUGGCUGGAUCGAUCUUCCUGAAAUUAAUAGCAAAUGAGAGGUCUAGUUGCCCCAUAAGACCCUAUUGAAUUUCAUCGCAAUCGGAUUUUUAGUUUAGAGGUUAUGUUCAAAAAUGUGAAAAUCACGAAACAUCAUUAUCUCAGAAAUUACUCAACCGAUUUCAACAAAAUCGGUUUUAAAUGAACGAGUUACUUGAAAAACCCUUAACUUUUGAGUUUCAUGAAGAUUGUACGUGUGGUUCAGAAGUUAUUUGAAGAAACGUGUUCUGGAGAGUGUUUAAUCUCACUCAAGUUUCUCUGAGAUCGCUGAACCGAUUUCCACAAAAUCAGUGUCAUUUGGAAGGUCUAAUUACCCCAUAAGACCCUAUUGAUUUUUUUUGCAAUCGGACUAUUACUUUGCCUGUUAUGUAUAAACAUGUGAAAUCCAGCUUUGAAAAGAAACAUAUUCCGAAGACUACUUAAACUCACUCACUUUUCUCAGAGAUGGCUGAACCGAUUUUCACGAAAUCAGUGUCAAAUGAAAGGUCUAGCUGCCUCAUAACACCCUAUUGAAAUUCAAUGUAAUCGGACUGUAACUUCGUCUGUAAAGUACCAGUAUGUAAAAAUCACGAAACUUCAUUAUCUCAGAAAGUACACAACCGAUUUGAACAAUAUUGGUAUCAAAUGAACGGGCUAGUUGAAGGUUAAUUGAUAAAUUUUAUAUUGAUUAAACACACGGUUCAAAAAUUGUGAAAAGAAACAUGUUCCGGUGACUUUUCAAAUUCACUCGUUUUCCCGAAAAUGGCUGGACUAAAUUCAACAAUCUGAGUGUCAAAUGAAAAGUUUGGCUUUCCUAUAGGUUCCCACUUUAUUUGACUAUAAUCGUAUUUUUAUUCCAACCGUUAUGUAUUAAAUUAUAAAAACAACGGAAGUCUUUUAUCUCAAAGAUCACACGACUUGUUUGAACAUAUCUAGUGUCAUUUGAACAGGUUGUCUCUCAAACUCACAAGUAAGAAUUUUCAUAGCAAUUUGAUAUGUGGUUCAAAAGUUAUGAGAAGAAACGAAAUUCAAAGACUAUUUAAAAACGGUAACUGCUUUGAUCGAAACACAUGGCCUCAACAAAAUUUAAAUUUUGUAUUGUGCUAUUCGUACGUUCCCGGUACUGCUCGUGAUUGAAGUGUACGAAAUUCAAAGUCAUUUCUUUUAUUUCGCUAUUUCUUCAGCACGAAUAUUUUACUCUUAAUUAAUAAUUUUUUUAACUUUUUGCCUUUCUCCUAGAAAGGUAUAGCAAUCACUUGCAAAACCGAAGAUAUGAAAGUACUCCAAAGGGCCGAAUGGCAUAUAUCACUCGACUCAGUUCGAAGAGCUGAGAAUUUUCUGUAUGUGUGCGUGUAUGUGUGUGUGUGUGUAUGUGCAGAUUUUUAUUUUCACUCACUUUUCUCAGAGAUGGCUGGACCGAUUUUAAUGAAAUUAUAUGCAAAUGAAAGUUCUAGUUGCCAUUGUAAUUGGAUUUUUAUUUUAGAGGUUUUGUUUAAAAUGUAAAAAUCACGAAACAUCAAUAUCUCAGAAACCACACAACCGAUUUCAAUAAAAUUGGUAUCAAAUGAACGGGUUAUUUUUAAAAACCCUUAACUUUUGAAUUUUAUAUAGAUUGAACAUGUGGUUCAAAAGUUAUGAAAAGGAACGUCUUCUGAAGACUGUUCAAUUUCACUAAUGUUUCUCAGAGAUGGCUGGACCGAUUUCCACAAAAUCAGUGUCAUAUUAAAGGUCUAGUUACCCCAUAAGAACCUAUUGAUUUUUUUGCAAUCAGACUAUUACUUUGCCUGUUAUGUUUAAAAAUGUGAAAUCUAGCUAUGAAAAGAAACAUAUUCCGAAGAAUACAUAAACUCACUCACUUUUCUCAGAGAUGGCUGAACCGAUUUUCACGAAAUUAGUGUCAAAUGAAAGGUCUAGCUGACUCAUAACACCCUAUUGAAUUUUACUGUAAUCGAGCUGUAACUUCGUCUGUAAUGUACCGAAGUGUGAAAAUCACGAAACUUCAUUAUCUCAGAAGGUACACAACCGAUUUGAUCAAUUGUAUUAUCAGAUGAACAGGCUAGUUAAGGGUUAACUGAUGAAUUAUGAUUUAACACGUGGUUUCAAAGUUUGGCUGCCCUAUACGUUCCCAUUUCAUUUGAUUAUAAUCGAACUAAGCAACCUUUAUGUAUUACAUUGUUAAUGAAACAACGAAAUUCUAUUAUCUCAAAGAUUACAAGACUUAUUUGAAUAUUACUAGUGUCAUACGAACGAGUCAUCUCUCAAACUUACAAAUAACAAACUUCAUAACAAUUUGAUAUGUGGUUCAAAAGUUAUGGAAAGAAAAGAAGUUCAAAGGCUAUUUAAAACUAUACCUGCUUUGAUCAAUAUAUGUGGCCACAAUAUAACUCAAAUGUGCUAUUGUACCAUUUGAAUGUUCCCGGUAUCGCUCAUUACUUUUAUUUCGCUAUUUAUUGAGCAUUUAAAUUACGUCAAAAUUCAUAUUUUAUACUUAUCUUACAACAUCAUUAUUUUAGAACCCAAAAAGUGAAUACACAUUUAUUGGAUUGAAGCGUUCAUGUAAAUCUAUUUUUACAAAUAAUAAGUUUGAAUGAGAAAGGCUGGGUCCGACCGAUAGGUGGAUUAAUCUAGGUUUUUUUUUACUAAUUUAUAGUUGAGAAACAACGAACAACUAGAACAUUAACCGACAUAACAUAGUAAACCCGUGUUCCACAUUUCAAGUUCACAAUUCGUGUGAAAUUUUCACUUGAGCUAGUUGAUGAAAAAAAAGUAUUUUUAUAGUUUCCGUUUCCGUACGAGCUGCAAAAAAGGAACAUAUUUUUUUUUAAACAUCAUCGACAUUAAUUCAAUUAUUAUAAUAUUAAAAGUGGAUCUUCACUUGUUAUAGUGAGAUUUUCCUGCAACAGUUGGUUGUUUUCACAUGCCUUCAACCUUUUAUGAUUCUAGUAGCACCACAUAUGUAUAUGUUUUUGUUCUUAAAUAUUCGUCUAAUGGUGAGGAAACUCGUACUCACUUCACUGAUCACAGAAAACGGAAUUUAUCGAGUUUUUUUUUUAAUUGUUAAAAUGUGUUUGCUCAUCUUAGGUAUAUUGUUUUCAAUAAAAAUACGUGGAGGCAAAAAAAAUCCUUGCGCCAUGCAUUUGAACAGUAGUCUUCGUGCAUUCGUUGAUCAUAAAUUAUUUCCAUAUAAUACAACAUUUUACACCCUGCUAUCUCUAAAAAGUCAAUUGUAGAACCCCUUGUCGCGACGCCACCAGUAAUAACGCCGGUUGCGGCUGGGGCGAGGGUUUCCUGCCGUGAACGCGUGACACUCUCACCCGAAACUCUCUUUCUCAAACUAUCCUCCAUAACUCACGCAGUAUUACACAUCGCGGCAUAGUCUGCAUAUAAUACACAUUUGGCAUGCUGCCUGCUAGUACGAAUAUGAGCGCUAGUCAGAACCUAGUAAGCCACUAGGUAGCAAGGUUGCACCAGCUCGGAUCACCGCGUGGCCGGUAAGAACAACCCGGUGAAAACUACCCAAAAGCAGUCCGAGGCCGCUCUGAUUCAUCAUCAUUUCUAGUCUAGUCGUUUUUUUUGUGCCAUCUGUAGUGACGGAAUAAAUCAAAGUGACAAAACAAACCCGGAGCAUAUUCUUGACUUGGAUACUGAAACCAAAAACAAAAACCGCGAUUACAGCCGUAUCCGAACCAUAGUGUCCGUGUGUUCAUAAUUAACUAAUUAAUGCAGCACAGUUGGCGAAACAAGCGGGCGUCUGCAUUAACCUAGUUAGAUUUCACAUCGCAUUUUAGGGAAAAAAAAGUUUCUCCUGCAUUCAAGCGUACGGAAGGUUCACACGGAGGAAAAUCGAUAUCGAGCGUGAAGGCGAACACAGGAAGAAAGAAGACAAUGAGCGAGAGCCAGCCCAGCUCGGCUUGUCUGGAUCCUGACGCCGCCAUAGCCGUUCAUAGUGCCAUUCCAAAGCACCGCCAGCACCUGUUAAAAUGGAACGGAUGGGGCUACAAAGAUUCACGCUUCGAGUACACCAAUGGCACGCUAAUUUUCACCGGUGAUCGGUAUCCAAUAGGUGGUUCGGUAUCGCUGCCAUACUUCAAGGAGUAUGUCGAAAAGUACCUUGGGGUAGAUCUAGACAAUCGCCGCGAGGGUAAUCCGUUGCCGCAGCACUACCCGGAUCCGGUUCCAUGCUCGGAAUUCACAUCACAGCUCGCGCAGCACCGCAUCGAGUUUAGUCAGGCAGGUGAAGAUCGACUUGUUCGAUGCCACGGUCAAACUUUGCACGAUAUUCACACGCUACGUGCGGGAAGUUUCAAACGGAUUCCGGAUGUCGUAGUGUUCCCCACCAGUCAUCAGCAGGUUGUACAAGUAGUACAGGCAGCAAGUGAGAGUGACGUUGUGGUGAUCCCGUACGGAGGUGGAACUUCCGUGUCCGGAGCAUCGACAUGCCCAGAAAACGAAACUAGACCAAUCGCGUUACUAGAUACCAGCCAGAUGAACAAAUUGCUAUGGUUUAACAAGGAAAAUUUAACUGCAUGCUUUGAGGCUGGGAUUGUGGGGCAGGAUUUAGAACGCGUUGUUCGGAAACUCGGUUAUACUGUGGGACACGAACCAGAUAGUUAUGAGUUCUCCACCUUAGGGGGCUGGGUUGCCACGAGAGCUUCCGGUAUGAAGAAAAACCUUUACGGAAACAUCGAGGAUAUAGUGGUAAAGGUGCGAAUGGUGACUGCUCAAGGAGUGCUGGACAAAAACGUUACCAUUCCAAGAAUGUCGUGUGGUCCAGAUUUCGACCACAUCGUGCUCGGCUCGGAGGGCACACUAGGAGUUGUGACGGAGGUUGUGAUCAAACUGCGCCCCAUACCGGAGGUGAAAAAAUAUGGUUCUCUGGUGUUUCCGGAUUUCGAGUCCGGGAUAAAGUGUCUCCGAGAGAUAGCCAAACACCGGCUGCAGCCAGCCAGCAUUCGUUUGAUCGAUAACGAACAAUUCGUGUUUGGUCAAGCCUUGAAACCUGCCGGGGGACCUUUAACCCACUUGUCCGGAGCCCUGCAGAAGGCUUAUAUCACCAAGUUCAAGGGUAUGAGUUUGGAAAAGAUAGCAAUAGUCACCCUGCUGUUCGAAGGCAACGCCAAGGAUGUCAAACGGCACGAGCAGCAGAUUCUGGGGAUCGCCAUGAAGUACGGAGGUUUUUCUGCCGGUAGCACAAACGGUGAAAAAGGCUACAUUCUCACCUUCGUGAUCGCCUACAUCAGGGAUCUAGCUCUCGAGUAUAGUGUAGUAGCAGAAUCGUUUGAGACAUCGGUUGCAUGGGAUCGAUGCGAAAUACUCUGUACCAAUGUGAAAAACAGAAUUCGGAAGGAAUGUGCCAAACACAGCAUCAAACACUACCUCAUCUCGUGUCGGGUGACGCAAUCAUACGACGCCGGAGCGUGCGUGUAUUUUUACUUCGGUUUUAACCACACCGGUUUCUCCAGCCCAGUGCACAUCUACGAAACCAUCGAAGCGCAGGCCCGCGACGAAAUCCUUGCCUGCGGUGGAUCUAUCUCGCAUCAUCACGGCGUCGGGAAGAUACGGUCCCGCUGGUACCCCCAAACCGUAUCCGAGGUGGGCGUCGCUCUGUACCGGGCCACCAAACGUCAGCUAGAUCCAAAGAAUAUCUUCGCCGCGGGCAAUUUCCUUCCACUGGAGGAGACGGAGAAAAAUGUGUGCGAAAGUCAGAAGCUCAUUUCCAAACUGUAGAUUUGCCUUCUCUAGAGUAAAUGCUUUUUCUGUGUAGGGGAACACCAACGGUAGUACAAUUGUGGCUUUUAGUAGAAAUUUUGACGUGAAUAGCGAAGACAUUCCAGUUUAGUUGAUAGCUUUUGUUAACGUAGUCACUCGAUACUAAUAAAAAGAAGGUUUUUCCAUUCUAA